UCUCAAAUCACUCUUCAGAGUUCAGAGGUCUUUGUUCCAAUUUCCAACUGACUAUUUGGUCUUCCAGCUUUUGAAUAAAGGGACUUGAAGCUUUUUGCUUAUCUCUCAAUAUGCUUCCUAGAAAGAGAACUGCUUCUGAUGAAGUAAUGGUUAUAGAAGCUGACUCUGAAACUUCCAGCAACACCAACCACAAGGGUGCGUCGGCAUCGUCCUUCAAGAAGCAUCGCCUUGAUAGCUGCUCCAUCACUGCCGUGGAUAACGAAUCAAUGACCAAGAACGGUGCUAAUAGUGUAAUAAUAGGAGGUAAUGGAGAUCAGAGUACUGGUAGGAUCGUUGAAUCUUCACCAUCGACCUUGAAUCUUGGUGAUGUGAAUCAUGCUGAAAUAGAUGAGGAUCUCCGUAGUCGGCAGCUAGCUGUCUAUGGCCGUGAGACUAUGAGGCGGGUUUUUGCGUCAAAUAUACUUGUUUCUUGGAUGCAGGGUCUUUGUGAUGAAAUUGCAAAAAAUCUCAUUCUUGCUGGUGUCAAGUCUGUGACAUUGCACGACGAAGGGUCAGUGGAGUUGUGGGACUUGUCCAGUAUAUUCGUAUUCUCUGAGAGUGAAAAGCAACAGGAACAGCAACAACAACAAGAACAGGAACAGGAUCAGGAUCAGGAUCAGGAACAAGAACAGCAACAGCCACAGCCAUAGCCACAGGAACAAGAACAGGAACAGGAACAGCCACCGCCAGGAACAGCAAUAGCAACGCAACAAAAUCAGCCACAGCCACCGCCACCAACACCAACAGCAAAAACAACAACGACAACUCGUGAAUUUGCAGGAUGAUGACACAAACUACCACAUGGAUCUAAUAGCUGGGCUAGCAAAUAUGAGGGCCAGGAACUACCCUAUAACGCUUGUAUUUGUAUUGGUUAACCUUAUAAGUUAGAGGUAUGAGAAGAGCAUAUUUGAUGAAUAUGACUUAUAGGUUUGCAAGUUAAGUAAAUGGUUACUAAAAUGAUUUUCGAUGGUGCAUCACGUGUAUAGUUAGAUUAUGAUAUAUUGUUAUAUUGUAUGGGCUUUGUAUAUUGGGUAAAUAGUGCAUGCCAGGUGCUUUUGUA